AUGUUUCUGGUUUUUAACCAAUUCAAAACUCUCUGGCUGCUACUUCUGAUAACCUUCACACGAUGUGAAGGAAGUACUUAUGGAACCUUCUUUCCUUCGGUUCCUAAGGAAAUCAAUCAAACCACAUUUCCAGUUAACAUCAAUUCAAACUCUUCAUCGGAUGUAAUUUUAUUGAAGCUUCCAAGUCACAAUUACAAACAUGGACAUCAAGAAGACGAAUUUUUUGAAAACCCGAAUAUAGCUGAAUUUCCAUCAAUAAUUCGAAAUGGAAAUAAAACAUUUUUAUGGAUACCUCUGGUAUAUAGCCUCUCUGGACCUCAAAUAAUUAAUUGUGGAACUAUUACAAAUACGCACAGAAACGGAACGCUUCAGAAAUUAAGAUGGAAGUUCAAUUUUAACUGGCAGCUCGCUCCAAAACCUUAUAUGAUGGCAAAACGGGUUACAAUAAAUAACCAACUUCCAAUUACCGAACAAUGUGGCAAUGAUCAAAAAAAAAUUUUAAAAUUUACAAAGGACAAAACAGGGAAGAUAUUUCAACUCAACUUAGUUAAUGAUGAGUUGAAAACAUCUGACGAGCUUCCACAUGCAAACAAACUUUAUUAUCUGUUUACAAUACCUGAAGAUACUUAUAAAAAGGAGAUUGCUGAGCCUUGUAUGAUCUUAAGAGCUGUCAAUGACAGACCACUAAUGGUAAUAAAUGGUUACAAUUCUACCCAAAAAUCGCUCAACAAUAUAGACAUUGAUGUCAUUAAAUUUGACUAUUUGGAAACGUCUCUUACAAUUCAACUCCUUUUAAAAAAUCAACCAAAUUUAAAAGAUUUCUACAAAAACGAAGAAAUUUUAAUAACCAAAGUUAUUUUUACAAAGAAUGGAGUUAAAGAAGUACCAAACUCCAACAAAACUACCAAGGGAACCUUCUCAUUAAAUGGAUAUGAGCUUUUAAAAUUCUCCUAUGAUUACCCGUCGACUGGAAGCAACCAUAUGAUAACGAAGAUCUUCUAUUUCGCACCACCACAAAAACAUUAUAAAUUUCCAUUGGAAUAUGUUCUCUACUCAUCAAAUGAGACGGUGGUCAGACCAAAUUGUUCAAUUAAUGGAUUCAGUUUUGGAUACCUUUAUUCAAUUAAUUACAUUAAUAAAAAGAUAGUUAAUCUAACUGAGUUGAAUGCUAAUGGAGUAGCAAAAGAUGGUUUGUAUCGUUCUGGUGAUUUUGUCUUCACAUCAGAUCUUAAAGAUUUCAAUACAACUUUAGAAUGUCUUUACAAUACGCCUAAUGGAGAUAUCACUUUAGUUCAUUCGUUUUUACAUAGUGACAAAGCAAGUUUUGAAGUAGACAAAGAUGGAAAAAGAUAUUUAAAUGUGGAUGAAGAUAAAGUAACUAUAAAUAAAGUUAAAAAAUCACGAUUUGAAGAAUUUAAGGAAAAAUUUGGAUUGGCUGGUAUAAUUUUUAUUUUUGUUGGAAUCGUUAUUAUUGUUAUCUUAAUUAUUAUUGGUAUCAUUGGUCUGAUUAUGCUGAAAAAAAUAAAAUUGUAUAUUAGAAGAAGGAAAAUGACAUCUAAAUAUCCUAAUAUAUUUGCAUUGUGGAAAGAAGUAUCAAAUGCAAAUUUGGAAGAGUAUUGUAAAAUAGUUCAAGACAAAGAAUAUAUUCCGGAUAAAUUAAAAAAUCAAUCGUCUUCAAUGAAAAUAGAAGGUGAUGAAGAGAUGGAUUUCGAUACAGGUUCUAUUUUCGAUUCUUCCUUGGUCAAAUGUUUUAAAUCAAUCUUUGGAGAAAUAAGAGCUCAUUGCAUUGAUGAUGUCUCACCGGAAAGAAAUUAUAUUAUCUCUGAUGGACCUACACCUGAAAGUGUAAAAUAUUUUUGGGAGUUACUUUACAAAGAGGAUGUCGCAGUUGUUAUUUCAAUGAUUUAUCAAGAUAAUGAUGAAGACCCAGAAACAAGUAAUAAAUUGUUAUAUUGGCCAGAAACAAAUCAGACUUAUGGAAAUGUUACUGUUAAAUUUUUGGAAAAACUCCCAACAAAUCUUAUAAAUGUUAAAGUUUUAAAAUUUAGCAUGACUAUGAAAGGAGAAAAACCAAAGGAACUAACACUUUUUCAUGUUAGUUAUUGGAAAGAACAUACAAUACCGAAUACGGAUUUGCAUUUAACUAACCUAUACUUAGAGGUUUCUGAAUGUGCUGGAAAUGGGAAUGUUCUCGUUCAUGCUUCACGUAGUGCUGGAUCACGUGUAUUCAUAUUUACAUAUUUUUGUUGUAUUUUGGAAACAAUGAAAACUGAUCCUUCAAUUUAUAAUCCAAUGGAUAUUAUAAAAGAAAUUCGUGAAAAGCGUUAUGGUGGAAACAUCUCUUCUAUGGAAUAUGCUUACUUAUUGAAAGCACUACUAUCAAAUUUCUUUGACAACAAGAUGUUAAUUAGUGAAAAUAAUGAAAGAAUAAAUUUUGCCAAUGAAUAUGAACAUUAUCUUUACAAGUUAGAUGUUCAUAAAGGUAACAUGGAUAGAAGAUUCAAGCGUUUUUUACAAUUUAUUAGUGUUCUUGAUGAUGGAAAAUUAAGAGAACUUUGUGUUCAAUUUGAUAAAAUUGGAAUGAUGAAUAAUAAAGCACUUCUUGAAAACUGUAAAAAUUUCUAUAAUGCUAAUAAAGAUGCUGAUGAUAAAAAUCGUUACAAUAACAUAGAAUGUCUUGAUAAAACAGCAGUAAAUAUUAAUGGAUAUGAUUCUAAAGAUAUUCGUGGUUAUAUACAUGCUAAUCAAAUGAUCUAUAAGUAUGGUGAUGAAAAGGAAAGAAAAAUUAUUAUGUGUCAGGCACCACUACAGACAACAGUUGAUGAUAUGUAUGACAUGAUUUUUAGAUACAAGAUCGGAAUCAUUGUCGUACUUGUCAGUAUAAAGGAAAUAACGAAGAAAGAUAAAUGUUAUGCAUAUUUCCCAACAAAUGUUAAAGAAAAAAAAUUAAGUAGAUACACUGUCAUGUUUAUUGGUAAAAAAAUUGAUAAUGAAAAUCAUAUUAUUGAAUAUGAUUACACAAUUUUGAAUAAAGAAAAAAUUUCACAUAAUUUUAAAAUUCUUCAAUACGUUAAUUGGCCUGAUAAAAUCAUACCUAAUGAAAGUAAAACUAUUCAUGAACUGUACAAAAAGAUUAUAAAUCUUGACAAUAAUUGUUAUAUAGCAAUUCAUUGUAGUGCAGGAAUAGGAAGAACCGGAACAUUAGCAUUAGCUAUUUAUAUGAUCGAUAUGAUCAUUUCUGGUAAAUCUUUCGAUCCAAUAAAAUGUUUGGAAACACUUAGAUCGCACCGCUAUAAAGCAGUUCAAAAUAAGAUGCAAUUUAUCUUUUCAUUAUCAAUUGUUUAUGAACAUUUUAAAAAUAAGAUAGAUGAAAUGGAUUCUGAAGCUUACAAAAAUUUUACAACAAUGUCAAAAAAAAUCUUUCGCGAACAUAAACAAUAUAAAGGAUAA